GGUGUGGGAAGAGCGAACACAUCUGGUGGCUUUAGGAUGAUGCCGCGAUGGAUGCAGUGCCUGGAAUUAGGCGCACAGACUCAAGUUUGUAGGGCUUUACAGCUGCACCGCAGAUCGACUCCCGCACCCGCUCCUCCAACGCCGUGAUUUCUAAGAUAUGAUCACAAGUCUGCUUACACAAAUAUUUUGAGAAGAUGCUAAGGUACGUGUAAGAGAAAAUGAUGAGAAAAACAGCUUCAUCUGGGACGGAAACAUUUUAAUACGAGGUAUGUGUUAAUGAAAGACUAAUAGAAUCCAUGGAUGGACUGGAAGCAUUUAAGGAUUUUGUGGGAGUGUCUUUUUGUGCCUUUGAGAGAGAUGAGGCCAACCCUGUGUGGGCAGCAUUGUGAAGAAGCGGCUACGCUGCCCAGUGUUAGGGACACUGUGUCCAGUGAUCCAGUGACCCAGUGAACCCACGACCUGUCUGUAUUAGCUUUGGAUCUGCACAGUGACAUUUCUCUGCCCCUUAAUGGCACAAAGCAGCCAGUGGGACGUUUCUCAGAACUGCUCAGAUCUCCACCACCUCCUCUGCAACGGCACCAUGAACAACAGCCUGGGCUCACACUCACAGAGCCUGGAGGACAUUCUCCUGAGUGUCCUUGGGCCUAGAAGGUCAUCCUUCUUCCUCCCGGUUUCCCUCACCUACUUGCUCAUCUUCACAGUCGGAGUGACCGGUAACCUGCUAACCUGCACAGUGAUCGCCAAGCACCAGAAGAUGCGCACACCCACCAACCUGUACCUCUUCAGCCUGGCCGUGUCGGACCUCCUCGUUCUCAUUUUCGGGAUGCCCCUGGAGAUCUAUGACAUGUGGCAGAACUACCCCUUCCCCUUUGGUGAGGGCGGAUGCUACUUCAAGAUCUUCCUCUUUGAGACAGUCUGUUUUGCCUCUAUCCUUAACGUGACGGCACUGAGCAUGGAAAGGUACAUUGCUGUCAUGCACCCUCUGAAGUCCAGGUACGUCAUGACCAACCAGCAUGCCCGGCGGGUGAUCACAGGUGUAUGGGUGGUCUCCUUCAUCUGCGCCAUCCCCAACACGUCCCUUCAUGGAAUCUAUUACCUCUACCUGCCGGAGAAGGUAGCCGAGUCGGCCAUAUGCAGUCUGCUGAAGCCCUUGUGGAUGUAUAACUUGGUCAUCCAGAUCACCACGGUCCUCUUCUACUUCGUCCCCAUGACCAUCAUCAGCGUUCUGUACCUGGUCAUUGGCCGACGGCUGAACAGAGAGAACCGGGUGCCGAAGGAGAAACUGGGGGGAAAACGCACGUCUGGGGCAACCUGGAAAAUCCACCUGGAAUGUGACCGGAGGAGACAGGUCAACAAGAUGCUCACUGUAGUGGUGGUGGUGUUUGCCAUCUGCUGGGCCCCCUUCCACGUGGACCGUCUGCUGUGGAGCUCCGUCUCGCAGUGGACAGACGCCAUGCACGCCACCUUCCAGUACGUCCACAUCCUCUCGGGGGUCCUCUUCUACUUCAGCUCGGCCGUCAACCCACUCAUCUACAGCCUGCUGUCCACACGCUUUCGGGAGUGCUUUCGUGGCCUGGUUUGUAUCCAGGCAGCCAGAACCAGCCCACCGCCCGCUCCCAAGACCCUCAAGAGCUCCUACACCCUGGGGUCCCACGACAGCAACCGGGCCGGUCCUGGAGCCCAGCCCCCCUCCAGCGUCUCCAAUGGCUGCUGGGAUCAUGACGACGAGAAGAUGUACGUAUGAGAACAUUGAGCUCCUCUUUCGGUCAAUGCUACAGUCAAAAAAAUGUGGAUGACAAGUUUAGUUAUGUCUCUGGUAUAUUAUGGUGUUGUGAAGUAAACUACUUAUAUCAGAAAAAAAAUUAUGAGAAAUAAUUUCUUUAAUUAACUGGCUCUUUAUUUGAUGACAGACAGUGAGCCUUCAAAACUCCAUAAAUGGGAUCAUCUUGUGCUGUCAAUAACAGCUUAAUUUUACUGUCUUCCCACUGAUUGCUUUCUAAGUUCCCAUUGGGUUAAACCAGGUGGUGACUGACAGCCCAUAAUAAUCCCACCCACUGUGAGUUUGUGGUUCUUCCAUCAUUACCAUACAGCUAUUUCAAAAAAACAUCAUCUCUUUGCAAAAUGAAAUUUACUGUGCGUACACCUGUGUGCUUUAGAGAAUGCAUGAAGUAGAGAAAUAAUAUAAUUAUCAUUUUAAUGAUAAAAUAUACCUGAAGCAGUAUUUUUGUGUUUGAAUUGACAUGCACUGUGGCAUAAACCGAUGAAUUUACUUUAGAUGUUUGUGCAAUAAAAGAACUGAUGUCAGUUUAGCCUGUUUAUUUCUGAACAUGGUUUGCAAAAUUGGCUGGCAAAAUCUGUUAUUUAAAUUAUAUUAAAUGCACAAAUCCUCUGG